GGCUUCAGUCUCCAGGGUGUUAGGGGAUGAGGUGUACAGUGAAGGGACACAUCUCAUGGUUCCCUGGUUCGAGACUCCAAUAGUUUUUGACAUUCGUGCAAAGCCUUGGAGUGUAGCAAGUUUGACUGGCACGAAAGAUUUGCAAAUGGUCAACAUUACUUGCAGAGUUCUGUCACGGCCGGCUGUAUCUACUCUGCCUCAAAUAUAUCGUGAACUAGGAAAAGACUAUGACGAGCGCGUACUACCGUCUAUAGUUAACGAAUUCAAUGCGAGUCGACUUAUUACACAAUGUGAGAUGGUGUCCCGGUUAAUUCGCGAGAACCUGACGAAUUGUGCAUUGCACUUUAAUGCAGUGCUAGACGAUGUGUCUAUCACCCAUUUGGCAUUUUCACCUGAGUUUACACAUGCUGUCGAGGCCAAGCAGGUCGCUCAACAAACAGCUUUGAGGGCUGCCUUCUUGGCUGAUCAGGCCAUCCAAGAAAAGCAGUCUAUUAUAGUGCAAGCUCAAGGUGAGGCAAAGAGUGCUGAGCUGAUUGGUGAAGCCAUGCGCACGAAUAAAGGAUUUCUGGAGCUUUGUCGGCUUGAGGCCACAAGGGAUGUCGCCAACAUGCUAGCCUCCUCAGGGAAUAAAGUGAUGUUAGAUGCUCAGAGCCUCUUGUUGAAUGUGACAGGAGAGGACACAAAAGAGUUACUGAAAGUAAAGAAGUGAUCCUAUUACCUUGUCUGCAUCUCGUCAUCAUUGUACUGUCACUGCUGAUGAAAAUGCACAUGUCGACU